UCUUAGAGACGGAAGUGAGUUGUGUUCGGCAGUCUCAGGGCUAAGCCGGUCAGUUAUACUUUGGAUUGGCAAAAACGGGAAUCAUGUUCGAGUGAGGGAAGAUGUUACUUUCGCAUCGCCUCAGCGGCGAGUGAGGGAAGAGCGGGCGUCAGGGAAUAAGGCGGACAGGAGUAAGUGAUUCCUGCAAUGAGAAGAGUGUCAGAGGGUCAGGGAUGGCAUCCAUUCAACAGACCCGAACGGGAGAAGAAGGAGAGGACGGCGAGGACGGUUCUCUGCACAAAAUGCUGACAGCGAUAGAGGAGGAGAGGAUCAGAGCGAGCCUCAGACAGGAGAUGAGCGUGCUGGGCUGCUUCAAAGAUGAUCGGAUUGUCUUUUGGACUUGGAUGUUUUCAACGUACUUCAUGGAGAAGUGGGCACCAAGACAGGAUGACAUGUUGUUCUAUGUUCGUCGGAAGUUGACCUUUGCCGGUCCAGACAGCGGUGAUGGGAAGCAGGUUGAAGUUGAAGUUUACCGCAGAGAUUCCAAGAAGUUGCCUGGUCUCGGUGACCCAGACAUUGAUUGGGAGGAGAGUGUCUACCUGAACCUCGUUUUGCAGAAGCUGGAAUACGUAGUGACGUGCGCUGUGUGCACACGCUCAGAUGGAGGAGACAUUCACAUUCAUAAGAAGAAAUCCCAGCAAGUAUUUGCUUCCCCAAGCAAGCAUCCAAUGGAUAGUAAAGGAGAAGAGUCCAAAAUCAGUUAUCCGAACAUCUUCUUCAUGAUUGACAGUUUUGAAGAGGUGUUCAGUGACAUGUCUGUGGGAGAAGGAGAAAUGGUCUGUGUGGAGUUGGUCGCUAGCGACAAACACAACUCAUUUCAAGGUGUGAUCUUCCAGGGGUCAAUCAGAUAUGAAGCUCUGAAAAAGGUGUAUGAUAACCGGGUAAGUGUGGCUGCUAAGAUGGCUCAGAAGAUGUCGUUUGGGUUUUAUAAAUACAACAACAUGGAAUUUGUCCGGAUGAAAGGGCCCCAGGGAAAGGGGCAUGCUGAGAUGGCAGUGAGCCGUGUAGCGACUGGGGACACUUCACCCUAUGGCACCGAAGAGGGCUCUGAGCCAGGGUCACCCCUGAAUGAACAAGUUACUUCCUUCAGCACACCUCCAACCCCCGAACGCAACAACAGACCGUCCUUUUUCUCGCCUUCCUUACGCAGAAAAGCACCUAAAAAUAGAAUGGCAGAGAUGAAGAAAUCUCAUUCAGCCAACGACAGUGAGGAGUUCUUCAGACACGGCUCAGACAACGGAGAUUCAGCAGACAUGCAUGGUGUAUCCAACCUACGAUCUCGCUCUUUGUCAGGGACUGGAAGAUCCUUGGUUGGGUCCUGGCUAAAGCUGAAUAGAACAGAAGAAAAUUUUCUACUCUAUGCACACCUCACCUAUGUCACAUUACCAAUGCAUCGCAUUACGACAGAUAUUUUAGAAGUCCGUCAGAAACCAAUCCUGAUGACAUAGCAGAGAGAAGGCACUGCCUUACAAACUCGCAGCUAAGUGCCUAAAUGCAACUGGAUUCUUGACGACGCUACCACCUAGUGUUGGGAUGGAAGGGAAGUUUAUUAGAAUACCAGCCAAUCAAAGUGCCUCCUUCACCUGCCCACAGGACGUUGCCAGUGUUCAUUUAGUAAUCACACUGCGUUUGUUUUCUGAUCAGAGUCCAGUCAGGAGCUGCUGCUUAAUUAAUAAACAACACAGAAUGCUUCGUGAAUAGUCUCCGAAGGCAACUGCUUUGUGCCCAAGAACACCAGGAAAGGAGAACAAAGACAGAGGGAAUUAACUGCUGAAAUUUAUAUUAAAAGAAAAAAAACAUUACAUUAACUUUUAAAGGAACUGUGUUCAAUAGGUAGAGGACAAUUUUCUUCCCAUACUCUAUCGUUUGUCAAAUCACCAUUUGAAUAGUGUGAUUAUACCAGUAACGUUGUAACACUUGAUUUUUUUUUUACAAAUGGGGCAGAGGUAACAAAAGACAUGGAACCACUGUGACCAUGCAGUGUUAUUAAUUUUUGUGGAGUCUAUGAAUCAACGGGGUUUGUUAAGGAAGAGGGAAAAGUGGCUGCCCUUAUUUUAAAAGAAAAGGCAGCUUUGUUGAUCUUGUCAAAGGCAAUCAUAUUCAAAGGGAAACACAUGCUUGGAAAAUCUAGGCUGUUGCUCAUGAACCCCAGGGAGUUGGACUGUUGGUUGUUAAUUGGACCCUUACAUUUGGGUAUGAACUUGUUUUGUGGAAAUUGUAUAUAUUAAAGUCAUUGCAAAAUCCCUUUUCUAGGAAUAUUUCUACAUGCAAGGGUAAAGAUUUGUCUCUGUUACUAAUUCGUAACUGUUUAAGAUAGGAUUUUGCUAGCACUUUCUCAAGCAUGACAUGACCUAAAUUCGGUCUGGAGGUGUCCCUGUGUGGGAGCUCAGCAUAGCUUGCCCUGGUAGCAAUCCUUGAGUGCAUCUGGAGAAUGAUUAAGUAAUCAUCCGUUGAAACCCUCAGUACAAACUGGCCCAAAACAAAAGUGAGUUUUAGUGAGGGGAAAAGGGAAUCUUGCAGCUGAUGCCAUUGUACAUACAGUACAUACUUGGGGAUUAAAGAUUUUAACAAUUUCUUUAAGUUGUCCAUUGCUUGAUGCAGCCAAAGUGGAAUAAGGAAGCUGCAGCUAUUUAAUGAAUCACUCACUGGAUCCCUCUAUACCAGGCCUCAAUGUAGAGCUUCACCAUUUUUACCAUCCAGGAAGGUUUUGCUCUGACCUCUUCCUCUUCUUUAUGGAAGACAAGUCAUUUCUAUUUGUUGAUAAAUUUAAAAUGCUUGUAUAGUACCUUUCUCCAGUUCCUACAUUCAGCUGCUUGCAUCACAGAACAACAACUUCAUGGUGAUUUUCUUGAGAAGUUUAAUUGAAAAGUGCAAUAGCAUUACUAACCGUUGCUUCCAUGUCAUAAAACUUCGCACUCAUCAGAGGAACAUAAAUUAAGUUUUGUUCACAAAUGAGUAUUAACUUUUGGCUUUCAUUUUUGAUGCCUCCUAAAUGCAGACCCUGAAAUUGAGUAGGUGUGCAUUCAUGAAGUAGAAGGAGAAUGAACACUGUGGCUAACACUGAAUCUGUUCCAUUAUGACCUUCUGAUAGAAAACUUUGCACGAAGGCAAGCUCUACAAGUGUGUGAGAAAUAAAGUUUUGUAACAGAAUACUCCGUGUACAUAUAAAUAAGAUCAUACGUUGCCCUUUCCCAAAACAGCUAAUUGAAUUGCUGAUAUUGUUGUGUUUCUCUUUUAAAAAGAGUAUUUGUUGUAAUAUUUUCAUUUAAUUAGCUUAAAAAUUUAUUCUUUUCUGCUACUAGGCACUGCGGUAACAGUGACUGGACACCUGCCACUUGUGUAUUUUUUAAGUGGUGACAGGAUUAGAAUAAUAUGGAAAGAACUAAAGCUUCAAAUACUUGCUUUCCUUCGGGGGAGGGAAGAGGAGGGGAGCUACCAUUAUGGGAUGGCUGAAUGCCAAAUUCAUUGGUUCAUUGUCGUCGUUGAGAGACCUCAGUGGAAGUAAUUUUUUUUAAAUUUUGGACAAAAAUGGUACGCUAAAUAGACAUAGCACUGAGCAGGAAUCCGAAACCACAAAGUGCAACUAAAACUUAUCUUAUUGAAUGUUCUGGUGGUCGGCGAUUCAUUCACUGCUGUGAAUCUGGUGCUCAGAAACCAUAGUUUUUCUGCUUCACCUUGGACAGUGAUAAAGCGAACUUGCUGUCCAUUGUUGCGUUCAGAUGUUCCUGCAUGCUUUGUUGAAUGAGUCACUAAAAGGUUUUGUAGCACAGCCCUGUAUUGGGGUUGUUUUGCUGACAAAACCAGCCACUUUCCCCCCAAUAUUGCUUGCUUUUACAACAUGAGGUUGUACCAGGAACAGUCUUGCAACCACAUCCUCAGCUUGCUUCAGAGUGCUGCUGUGUGUCAUGGUUACAGUUGAAAGCUCAUGGUAGGGAACAGAGGUGAAAGGACAGAUGUGAUUAAUUCAGAAUAUAUUCAACAAACGUCAUAUUCUGAAUAAGGAAAUAUGGCCAGUAAAAAAUACCUGUGGCGGAAACAACUUUGGAUUGUUGACACAAUGCCUAAGUACGACUGUAUUAAAAAUAUAAAGACUAGCAUAUUUGUUAAAGUCUUCCAAAACAAUUGGUCCACCAUUUCAGCAUCUUACUGUUUUGCACAAUGCAAAAGUUUCAGUAACUGAAGCACGCAACCACUAAUAAGAGUGCUCCAACUAUUUGCUUGGAAAACCUUCAUAUUCUAUACAAUGCUCCUAUCGCCCCUUCCAUACUUAAUAGUUGUCAUUAAAGAUUAAUUCUCAGAAAAAUCAAUUUUUCCCCAAAGAGGGCUGACAUUUCUAGUUUAGUAGAAGUUUUCUGAAAGGCACUACCAACCAACGUCAACACAAGUUAUCUGUGUGAUUCCUAUUUGGGCAUGUGCCAUCUUAUUUUGCUCCUUUGUAUUUACCUCAACGCUCUCAAACCAAAUUGACUUUUUAAAAGAGCUGUUUUCAAUUGUUCACUGACAGUUCUCCUUUAAUAAAUAAGUUCCUAUAAGUGAGCUCUUGCAGGAAAUUGACAGGCUGUCUCAUUGCACAAGAUUAAUAUUCAGUAUUUUGUCAAAUGCUGAAAUGAUUCAGAGUGAAAGCUAGAAGGCAGGAAGGAGAUUCAUGGGUUCUUUCAAAAAGGAACUUGUUUUGCAAAUUAAGGCGAAGUUCAUUCUGAUACGUGGGUAUUUAUUCCUUCUGAUGGAGUAAAAAUACUGAUUCAUUCAAUCUGGCUUGUUUUGAAACAGUUGUUCAGUUUCUUAUAUCUAUUUGUAUAGAUGAUUUGGGCAAUGGCAUAGGUCAAGAUCAAAACCAUCCAUGUGUCUUCCAAGAGAUUAAUGCUACCUACUCCUUGAUGCUCUAGCCAGGCAGUGUGUAUCAAAAUAUUUAUCUUUGCAUCCUUAUCACUUAAGCUUUGAGUGAAGGCCUAGAUGUACAAAAUGUAACACUGCUUCUAGGGACAGGGGACUAACGUAUAGAUUCUGGCCUUGGCAGGGCUUUUUUUUAACCCAAAAACUGGAGUUCAUCGAUAACACAUUGAGUUUUGAAUUAAUUUAAAUGCAAUUCUGUUGAAGUUCUAUUAAUAUUUGAAGAUGGCUAAACAUUAAUCAUGAAUAUUAAUUAACAUAUACGAUGAAAUACCCUUGUAAACCCAAAAUUUAAGUAUUAUUUCAAUAUAAUCGGCUCAAGUUACUCCUAAACAAUGCGAUGGAAAACCUACACAUUUUUUUUCACUCUUGGUAGCUCGCCCAAUUCUUAUUGUUUAGGAGUAGGUCUAUGACCGGAGGGUGUCUUUAGUGGUUUGACAAACUUUUGGAAGAAUGGACUCCAUCAUUUUUUUUUUUGCAUGACUCGAGAGUGAUUGUAUCAUAAAAAUGACUGAACCAGUCAAACCAUUUGUUAGAAUGUUCCUCUUCAGAGAACCCUGAAAAAAAUGUGCAUGCUACUAUUCUUUCAGAUUAAACUAUAGGCUCAACUACAAUUUAGUGUGUAUUGAUCAUCCAACGUUGUACUAAAUUAUUUCAGAUACUCUGAUUUUUCUCAUAACAUAGAACUUUGGGCAUUUGGAGCAAAAUAGCAUUUUAAUACCUCACUGUUUCAAAAGCUAGUUUCUACUGUUCAAAGCGAGUAAUGCAAAGUCAUGUCUGUUUUAUUAGCUACCCACGUGGUAACAUUAUCUGCUAAUAUUUAAACUCCAAUGUGCCAAUUAGAGCAGAAAGCUGCAACAUUUCCGGUCUGUUUCUGGCGGUGAUCACAAGACCACUUGGCACAGUCUGUAGAGAGAUACGAUCUAUGUCUAAGCACAGUGAAAAGUCAUGUGAGAUUUUUGAGCUGCUGAACAAAGUUCUUUUGGAAAAGAAUUCUUACCUUCACCUUAACUCCACUCCCUAUCUCACAGAGGAACCAGUAAUUUUCAAAUUUUCAGUCUACUUUUCUCCAUGUUUCUACUGAUUGGAUCUUUCAUUGAAGGAGAAGUUAGUCUAUUGAAAUAUAGUCUCUUCUGGGUUUGUUAUUUUUAUAACUUCCUAUGAAUUGUAAAAAGUCAUGAAAUUGUAUCAGAUUUCUCCAACAGCUGCUGGGAUAGCGAUGUGUAAACCUGUACACUUACCUGUAGCAUCUUUUUGCAGGUGCAGAUUUCUAGUGUCCGAUGUGAAAUAAUUCCAGGAAUUCCCCAUUGUAAAACCACCUACUUGUUUUGUACUUGCUACAGAACCUACAUUCUUUCAGAAACACUGUUGUUCUAAUAUUGUUCUAGCCUGCAUGAUUGUUCCAGAUUUUUAUUCUUUAUCAGAAGUAGUUUGACAAGUUUCUUUAUUUAUAUAAAUAAUGUGCCUGAUGGUCUGCCUUCUCCCUUGAUCUCAUUUACCAUGCUCAGGAUGAUACCAAAGUACAACGUAUCAAAAGAGAUUCUACAAGAGCCUGGACCAUAUCCACACAGUUGGAGAAUGCCUCUGCCACCUUUAUAAAAUAAAGAAUCCUUUUAAUACAAAUCUUAAUUGUCAAUGAAUAUAGUUGUAACCCUGUCCUACAGGCAGUGAAUCAGGUGAAACACUGCCCUAACUUGGACUUCCGAACAGAUCACCCCCACUUCUCAACAAGUAAACACUUCUUCUGUACUACCACAACUAAAAUGGUAGAUACUUCUACAUGUAUUUGAUCUCCCCCUUCACAUCCCUUCAGUCCGCUUUAAUAAUGUGAUUGGUGGGGUGGCGGGGGGGGAAGGGGGUUCCUAUGCCUAGGAACAGUUUCCAGGAUGGAUUUACUGGCUUCUACGCCAAGGCAAACCAAAGCAGGAAAAACGUACACAAAAUAUUUUGCCGAUCCUUUACUUGAGGGAUUUUGUCCACAAAGGUGUAGCUUCCUUAUUUAAUUCCAAUUCUGGGAAUUAAGAUUUCAAAGAAAUAACCCAGUGGGAAGUGAGGCAGUGCUUAAAUGCUUUGAUGAUAAACUUAUGUUUUUUUUGCAAUUUGAGCUGCCAGAUAUAACAUCACUGAACUUGCUUCAUUGAAGAUGGGAUUUCAAGAUUAUGAUAGAAUGUGAACAAUUUUUCUAACCUAGCUUCUGUAUGAUUCAGCUCAAAUAUUGGUGAGCAAUGCCUUUGUUCUGAUUGACAUUUAGUAGGGGAUAACCUUAUUACGGAAAAUGCUGCUGUACUUUGGGCUGCAAUCUGCAUUAGAAUCUGUGACAUUUUACUGUGGCGGAACACAGCUGAUUCCAACACCAAAAUAUUUUGUCAAACUAAUAAUGGUCUAGUCCAGCCUCAGUUAUUCGGUUUUGUCUUUGCUUUAAAUCCUCCUUUAAAUAAUUUAAAAUUUAUCUGAAAUAUGUAUUUUCCCUUUAGAUAGAUCAACAGAAAUAUCUGAUUUGAGGUGCUGUACUUGGGACUGAUACUACCCUCAAUACACAGCAAAGAAUAUGUCCAAGUGAAUGAUUGAGGCAUUUUAAUAGCCAGGCUGAGCACGGUAUUAUUGUGGUUCAUUCUCUCAUGGGAGCCUCAAAUCCCAUGUAUCUUUCACUUUGAUUCUUAUGUAUGCAUAAUUUACAGCUCACCAAUCUUUUGUCUCCUAGUUUUUCUAAUGCUUUUUUAUAAUUCAUAAGAAAAAAAAGUUAUUUAAACUUCCUUCCAGCCCUCCUAAUUGUCUUUAUAAUUCACUUUCUCCUUGUGUUUUGUUGUGUAAAAUGAAAUGGACUUGAGGCACAGCUGUGCUGCUGUUAAACCUAAAUAAUGUUGAGGCCAAAAGCAUUGUUUAACACAGUCCAAUUAUAGGUGUCAAGUUGUGAAAAAAGUAGGCUUCAGUCUUGUAUGUAAAUAUACUAUUAAAGUUCCUGAUGCUUCAAAAUAAUUUAAUAAACAGUCAA